AUGAGCGGCAGACUUGCAUCCGAGUAUCCGGCCUGGAAAAAGCUUCAGGAGAUCUAUAACUCUGACCAUUCCAAGCUAGUGCUAAAAGAACUUUUCGCCCAGGACCCCUCUCGGUUCUCGAAAUUUAGCAAGGAAUAUGUCUCCCCCGACGGUCCCUCUGUGACCUUCCUGCUUGACUACUCCAAGAAUCUGAUCACGGAGCCGAUCCUCCAGACGCUGCUCACCCUCGCGCGAGAGGCCGAGGUCGAGACGUACCGCGACAAGAUGUUCGCCGGCGAGCACAUCAAUACCUCGGAGGACCGUUCUGUGCUCCACGUUGCGCUCCGCAAUUUCAAUGACUUCCAAAUCAGUGAGGCGGGUGUCAGCGAGGUACAGGGCGUGCUCGCGCACAUGAAAGAAUUCUCCGAGGCCGUCCGUAGCGGCGCGUGGAAGGGCUACACCGGCAAGCCGAUCAACACAAUCGUGAAUAUCGGUAUCGGUGGAUCCGACCUCGGGCCCGUCAUGGUGACAGAGGCGUUAAAGCCGUACGCAAAGCGGGACCUAACGGCGCACUUUGUGUCUAAUAUCGAUGGCACACACCUAGCAGAGACACUGCUCCUAUGUGACCCGGAGACGACCCUCUUCAUCAUUGCCAGUAAGACAUUCACGACCCAGGAGACGAUUACCAACGCGACUAGUGCGCGUGAUUGGUUCCUGGCGACAGCGAAAGAUAAGGCGCACGUCGCAAAACACUUCGUCGCGCUCAGCACAAACACAAAGGCGGUCACUGAGUUUGGUAUCGCUGAGGCGAAUAUGUUCCAGUUCUGGGAUUGGGUCGGCGGUCGUUACAGUCUCUGGAGUGCUAUAGGAUUGUCCAUCGCCCUGGUGAUUGGCUACAACAACUUUGAGGAGCUCUUGAAGGGCGCGCACGGGAUGGACAAACAUUUUAAAACCGCGCCGCUGGAGAAGAAUUUGCCUGUCCUGUUGGCUUUGAUUGGCCUCUGGUACAACGACUUUUACGGCUCACAGACGCAGCUGCUCUUACCUUACGACCAGUACUUGCACAAGUUUGCCGACUACUUCCAGCAGGGCGACAUGGAGUCGAACGGUAAGUUCGUUACCAAGGGUGGCCAGCGCGUGGACUACCAGACUGGUCCCAUCAUCUGGGGAGCUGCUGGGACCAAUGGACAGCACUCUUUCUACCAAUUGGUCCACCAAGGGACGAAACUUAUUCCCGCCGAUUUCAUUGCUCCCGCAACGACACAUAAUCCCAUUCGCAGCUCCCUCCAUCACCGUAUCCUACUCAGUAACUUCUUUGCUCAACCUGAAGCCCUUGCGUUUGGUAAGACCGAGGAGGAAGAGUUGGGCCCUAAUGCCACUGAGCCUUUGGUCAAGUCCAAGGUGUUCGAGGGCAACAGACCGAGUAAUAGCAUCAUCUUCCCCAAACUCACGCCCGCGACCCUGGGUGCUCUGAUCGCGCUUUACGAACACAAGAUCUUCACACAGGGUGUAAUCUGGGGUAUCAACUCCUUCGACCAGAUGGGCGUCGAGCUUGGCAAAGUUCUCGCCAAGAACAUUCUCGCUCAGCUCAACAAGCCUGAGGAUGUUAUUGGCCAUGACAGCUCGACCACCGGCCUCAUUCACUAUUACCAGAAGCACAGGCAGGAGUGA